AUGUAUGCCCCGCUUCUCACGGCCCUGCGGGCCAAAGCGGAGGUUCAGCGUGCCGAGAGCACGCCGUCAGCCGUGCAGUUGCUCGCACAACGUCCAGAACCUUCAGUCGUACGCAUCACCGAUGAAGCCCUAACCCUCCCCAAGAACCGGACUGUCUGGGAAGCGGUUCUAGGGUAUGUCCGUGGCGGGGGCACGGCCGUGGUCAUGGGCCACUUUCCCUCAUUCGUUCGACCGAACAGCCUCAAACCAUUUUUCGCCCAAGCAGGUCUAACCUGGGAAGUGGGAUCCUACCACCGGACAACCCUGGCAUUAAACGAAGCCGCCGUUGGUGUCGCUACUGCCCAGAAGCUGCCACAGAGAUACAGUCAGAAGGCUGUGUUCGUGAAGAACGUCGGACCGGGCGAGAUGUGGUACCGAACGGACGAUGACUCGGUGGUCGAGUCUCUGGUCUUCUCGCCAAUGAGUGUGAAUAAGGCUGGAGAGACAGCCGUGGCGUUGGCGGAAGUUGGUACGGGAAAGCUAGGGUAUGUCGGCGACGUGAAUGCGGAGGACGGUUCGAAUGCGGUGAUUCUUGCGAUGUGUGGAUUGCUGUAG